AUGGAGAAAACUGCGCCAUCAUCUUUACAAAUUCAGCCCCCAACUUAUGGGAAGUAUAUCACCAUUCUCACCAUUGAUGGCGGUGGCAUCAGGGGGAUCAUCCCUGCAGUCAUCCUUGAAUUCCUUGAAUCCAAACUUCAGGAGCUGGAUGGUGAGGAUGCAAGACUUGCAGACUACUUCGAUGCUAUUGGUGGGACAAGCACUGGCGGUCUUGUAACCGCCAUGUUGACUGCUCCAAAUGAAAGUACCAAUCGUCCUCUCUUUGCCGCCAAGGAUAUCAAGCCCUUCUAUCUCGAGCACUGUCCUAAAAUUUUCCCACAGCAUAGGGGCGUGCCUCAAUUUGAAAGUGUAUCCCAUUUACUGAGAGGACCCAAGUAUGAUGGGAAAUACCUUCAUUGGAUUUUAAGAGAGAAGUUAGGAGAAACUCGACUGGGGAAAACCUUGACCAAUGUUGUUAUUCCUACAUUUGAUAUCAAGCUUUUGCAGCCUACCAUUUUUUCAUCCUAUGAGGAUGAUACUUUGAAAGGGACAACAGCUUCAGUCGAUGUUCCUACAAAAGAGAACCUGGACAACCUAGUAGUUAUCGGGCAACUUCUAUUGAAAAAAGACGAAUCUAGGUUGAAUUGUGAGACAUGUCAGCUUGAAACAAUCGAAAAGGGUCGCACUAAUGAGAUCGAUCACCCUUAA